GCAAUAAAAGAAAAAGAACGUUCUCUAUAAGGAAAUAGUUCAGUAGGGUGACAGCAUUUAAAGAGCUUUUUACGACGAAAGGAUUAAAGUAGUACCCAUCGGCAAAAAAAGAGUUACGAAUUAGCUUGACAUUGAUUGUAGAGAUUUGUUUGCAUGUGAAAAUGAAUCUGACUGGACCUACACGGAAAUUUUGGUAUAACUUUCCAAAACUACUGAAAGCUCUUUCGCUGCAACGAGGAAACCCAUCCGCUUUUUGGGGCAUUAGCGCCCCCAGGCGAGGGGGAGGAAAAGGUGCCGAGUUGGCCAUAUGUUUUUUGUUUUUUUUCUGGGCACAGUUAGCCAUGGUGCUUGGCCAUCUCAGAGGUACAGAAGGGGAACAAGCAUUUGAGCCCCUCAACACUUUUUCGGGCAUGGACGUUAGAGUUGUUCCGUCUUAUCAGGGCCCUGGUAAUAACGACUCUCGUUUAAAUCGGGAAUUGCCCAUUCUACUCUGGUGGAAUGCUGAACUUUUCCCUCACUUUCCCCAUGAUACAGAACGGAUUGAUUGUCCAACAAGCUCUUGCAUGACCACCACAAAUAAGAAAGUAAAACUGCACCGGAGGACAACAGCUAUAAUUUUUUAUGGCACUGACUUUAGAGCUUAUGAAGCUCCGUUACCCAGGUUGCCCCACCAAAGCUGGGCAUUAUUCCAUGAGGAGUCCCCUAUGAAUAACUAUAUUCUUUCUCACAGGGUUGGUAUUAGUCUGUUUAAUUACACGGCAACUUUCCGAAGGGAAUCUGACUAUCCACUGUCUUUACAGUGGUUGCCUACUCUGCAGUACUUGUUAAAGCUACCUGUGCCUCUUGCAGAAAAGAAUCGCUGGCGAAGAGAAGGUUAUGCUGCAGUGUUGUAUUUGCAGUCACACUGUGAUGUGCCGUCGGACAGGGACCGUUAUGUUAAGGAGUUUAUGAAGUAUAUACAGGUUGAUGCUAGUGGGAAAUGUCUGCAUAAUAAAGUGUUGCCAAGUGAGAGGCUAGAGGACACAGCAACUGCAACAGGUGAAGAUUCAGAGUUCAUGGACUUUAUAUCCAGAUACAAGUUUCACCUGGCUUUGGAAAAUGCCAUCUGCAAUGACUACAUGACAGAGAAGCUGUGGAGACCAAUGCAUCUGGGGGCUGUCCCAGUCUAUCGGGGAUCUCCAGUUGUCCAGGACUGGAUGCCCAACAAUCAUUCUAUCAUAAUAAUUGAUGACUUUGAUUCUCCAAAGCAACUGGCAGAUUUUAUUAACUUCUUGGACCAAAAUGAUGAGGAGUAUCUAAAAUAUCUUGAUUAUAAAAAUACAGGUGGCAUUACCAACCAAGAUUUGCUGGACACCUUAGAAAAAAGAGAGUGGGGAGUGAAUGAUAUGACCAAGCCAAACUAUCUUAACGGCUUUGAGUGCUUUGUGUGUGAUAAGGAGAAUGAGAGGUUAGCUGCUGUGAAGAGGCAUAAAAAGUCUGCCAAGGAAGUGCCAGCCCCAGAGCCCAGAAUUGCAGAGUACAAUCACAUGGGCUGUCCCAUGCCCAUACCAGGCUAUGGAAAGGUAGAAAAUGUGCCGGAUAAUGACAGUUGGAAGCAGAUGUGGCCACAGGAUUAUUGGCAAAGUCUUGACCAAGCGGAGGCGUUGCAGGCAAUGAUUCAGCGCAAUGAAACUGACCCAGGAAGGCUGUGGGACUACAUGCAUGAGAUCUUCAGCAGGAGGAAGAUGCAUCACUGACAUCACAAAAGUCAUUUGUGUAUGCACACAAGCAGCUGUUUGGAAGGCAGCAGAAGGGACCACUCUGCUCUAAAAUCAAGCAUUUCAUAUGACUGUUACAAUCCUGUGGUUUAGCUGAUCUUAUAUCUUGGCUCCAAAGGUGGUACUCAGGGCAGAUUAACUUGCUUAUAUUAUUGUUCCAUGUUUUAACUGUACCAAACAACACUGAUGUUUUAGUGAAACAGUAAGUUUGUGCUCGCAGAGCCUGAAAUUCCAAGAUUGCUGAGGUAGUGCAAGGCUGCUUGAAGGUAGAAGGGCAGAGCAUCCAUCCCAGAGCACAUUAACAGUUGGACAGAGUAACUGUAGAGCCCAUGUAAGGCAGGAUGGCAGUUUGCAUCAUUCACUGACGAGUAGUGUUACAUUCACUGAAAUCAGCUUAAACUGAAGACAGUCAUUGGAGCAAACAGAGUGACAGCAGGACCUUUAAGCACCAUAGCCUCUCAAGGCUUUCCAAACCUCAUUUCUGUUCAUCCAUUUACAUAUGUAAAUGGUCUUAGCAAAUUAUCUGGUAAUUUUGUUUUGAUAUUAAGCCAGCAGGUGUUUGAACUUUGCAUGAUAAAAUAUUAGGAAAGUCAAAUUGUUUGAAUAUUUACAUUCAUAUAAAUUUAAUGCACACAAAACAUGUUCAAGAUUUCUAGUAGUUUACACAUGUACACUCUCACUCUGUCUCUCUCUCAUGGUUGUGUAUACACACACACACACACACACACACACACACACACACACACACACACACACACACACACACACACACACACACACACAAUGUUUUUCUACAUCAACAGUAGCAAAUGUCAUGCCAGAUGUGCUGUCCCAGUGUGGGGAGAUAAAAUUAUAACUUAUCUUUAAGGGUUGCUAUUUGAGCUAUUUUUGAUGACCAAAUGAAAUUGCUCAGAAGACAUGUACGUAUGAUAUGCACUGUCUUUUCAGAUGACAAAUCUACAUAUAGAUUUUUUUUUUUUAAUUUCAGAGCUGCUAUCUUGUUUACAAAAAUGUUUUUAUAUGUAAAAAUGUACUUCUGUAUUUCAGCAGCCUUGCCUGUGUUUUGAAACCAAAAAUGGAAUUUUUCCUGUCAUCUCUGUCAUUAAUUAAAACAAUUUACAGCUGAGUAGACAUGUUUUUUUUUUCAUUAUUCAGAUAUAUUCCUAUUGCAUGUCCCUGUGGGGAAAAUGUAACAAAGUUUGAAGACUUUAUAUACCUCAGAAUGUGUAGUAUUUUGUUUAAAUGUUUGUUGACAUAGUAAGUCUUACUAGUCGGCCCAUGUGCCUGUUCUCAGGAAUGUAAGGGUGGAUAUCAUUUGCCCAGAGUUGCACAGUAUGCAAGUAGAGCUUUUGUGAGAGAAGCUUGGGACUGCUAAAUGGUGCUCAUUCACAUUUCAUUAUUUUAGUCUGUGUUAUAAAGUGAUUUUGUUUUUAGUCAUCUUUUCAUUGUUUCAUAAUGCAAUAUUUUAAUGAAAACUAUAAUUAGAAAUAAAAAGUUUGGUAAAGUUUGUA